AUGCUAAUUUUCAAAUAUUUGCGUUUUUUUGGAACUCAUCUCGUUUCCUUACAGGUUGAUUCAGUUACGGGGGUCGCCUCAGUUUCGAAUUCCCGCCUUGACAAUGGAUCUAGGGAAUACCUUCGACUGCCAGAGUUGACCGACGUCGUGGAAGUUACUCUUAACCCUCGACACUUUCUUUUCACCGUCGAGUCCAUCGCGCCGGGUUAUCGUCCACCCGACACGCUAGUCAAGGCGGCCAUUGAUGUUCUUUUACAGAAGUGUGCUCAUUACCUAGCCAUUGUAGAACGCCCAGGAUUCGCCAGUACCCCUGUAACCGAGGUUGAAGCCGAUCCAGUCCUCACAGCCUCCGAGGCCGAUGAAAAUGCGCACACCCGGUUGUACGGACGAGUUGUUGGUCUAGAUGCCAUUUUUGUCUCUCCUGACUUGCGUCGGGCCACAUUCAGAUUCACUGGAGAAGAUCAUACCCUCGGUGCUGCCCUCCGGUAUUGCAUAUUACAGAGCGACGCCGUUAAGCUGUGUGGUUAUUGCCAACCUCACCCGCUUGAAGAUGCCAUCUGUUUUGAGAUCCAAAGCCAAGGUAAAUUGCCCACAUCAAUCGCAUUUGUGAUGCACUUUGGCUGA